AUCCACAGCAUUUUUUCCCCCGACAAGAGCGCUCGUCGCGCCUGCUCCGCGGAUCCUUUGGCUUUCUGAAGCGGUCGGAUCUAAGACGCAGCAGAGGCUUUGGUCCCGCAGCUGAUGUCUGGGCUCUAGCGGAGAUCACCCCGGGCUGGGCAGCUUCACCGGGACAUUUUUCCCCCCUUGGGGUGCUGUGGUUAUUGUUGGUCCGGCCAGAGAUGGAGCUUGCCGCAGGAGUGGGACUGAUCAUCGUACUGUGGGUUGCUGCGGAGCCCUGGCUGGUUUGUUCGGGCUCACCUGCUUCAUUGGAUCCACCAUCUCUUAGCAUCCAAAAAUCUUUUAUUACUGUAACUGCAAAUGAUACACUACAAAUUACUUGCAGUGGUGAAAGAGCUUUGGAAUGGCUUUGGCCUAACAACCAGACCAGUUUUGAAAACCGUGUAAUGGUGACUAACUGUACAGACAAUGUCUACUGUAAGAUGCUCACGCUCACAAACGUAAUAGGCAAUGACACGGGGUCCUACAAGUGCCUUUACCAAGACAACCAUACAAUGUCAAGCAUUUAUGUUUACGUACAAGAUUUUACAGAUCUUCCAGAUUACAGAUCUCCAUUUGUGACCUCAGUUACUGAUCAAAUUGGCGUCAUAUAUUUAACUGGAAACAAAACCGUGGUGAUACCGUGCCUUGGGUCCACAUCAAACCUAAAUGUAUCUCUGUAUGCGAAGUAUCCAGAGAAAAUAUUUGUUCCAGAUGGUAAAUCGAUUACAUGGGACAGUAAGAAAGGUUUCACUAUUCCCACCAACUUGAUCAGUGAUGUGAGCAUGGUCUACUGCAAAGCUAAGAUAGAUGGCGAAAGCUAUCAAUCUGUGAUGUACAUUGUAGUAGUUGUAGGAUAUAAAAUUCAUGACCUUACUAUGAGCCCUCCUCACCAAGUAGAGCUUGCAGCAGGAGAGAGGUUAACUCUAAACUGCACAGCAAGGACUGAGCUGAACGUAGCAAUCAUGUUUGAAUGGACCUACCCAUCAAGCAAGGUGACAACAAACAAGAAAAAGCAUGUUGUGAUCAGGGAUGUAAUAAAGACCUCAUCUGGUAGUGAAGUGAAGAAGUUUGUAAGCACUCUCACCAUAGACCAUGUGACCUUAAAUGAUGGUGGUCAGUACAGCUGCACAGCCUCCAGCAGCAGUAUGACUAAGAAAAACAGUAUUCAUGUCAUCAUCCAUGAAAAACCUUUCAUCGUUAUGGGCAGAAUGCCAUCUUGGGUGGAGACAAGAUUGAGUGAGCCAGCUAAAAUUCCUGUGAUAUUCAAAGGUUAUCCUCCUCCAGAGGCAAAAUGGUAUAAAAAUGGGAAACUCCUAGCUGCAAAUCGUACAGUCAGGCUUGGUUACUCCCUGACAAUCACUGAAGUGAGUGAAAGAGAUGCGGGAAAUUACACCAUUGUGCUGACCAACCCUAUUAACAAGGAGCGGGAGAAGCACACCUUUCAUCUGAUUGUGAACGUUCCACCUCAAAUUGGGGAGAAUGCACUUCUAGCUCCUGUGGAUUCAUAUAAGUAUGGCUCUACCCAAAUCCUAACAUGUACAGUAUAUGCUGUGCCAGCUGUGGCCAAGAUUCAGUGGUACUGGCAGUUUGAGGAAGAAUGUACUUUCAACCCACACCAAGCUGGACUGGGGAACAAUCCCUAUGCUUGUAAGAAAUGGAAAGAAAUAAAUGACAGAAGAGGUGGAAAUAGGAUUGAAACAGAAAAACCUCGGUUUUUUGCUAUUGCUGGGAAAAUGAAGACUGUAAGCAACCUCGUAAUUCAAGCAGCAAAUGUAUCCGCUUUGUACAGAUGUGUGGCUAGUAACAAAGCAGGAGAAGGCGAGAGGGUUAUCUCCUUUCACGUUACCAGAGGCCUUGAAAUUAACCUUCAGCCGAAAAGUCAACCUACUGAGAAGCACAAUGUAUCCUUGCAGUGCUUGGCGGACAAGUUCACUUUUGAAAACUUGACCUGGUUUAAGUUUAGCCCUCGUACUUCAAUGGUGCGCCUUGGCAGGCUGCCCAUGCCUGUCUGCAAGAACCUGGAUGCCCUUCAAAAACUGAAUGCCACGGUUGCAAGUGCCAAUGGCGAGAAUAUCACCAUGGACCUCCUGCUCCGUAACGUUUCCCUCCAAGAUAGCGGGGAUUACGUAUGCAUAGCCCAGGACAAAAAGACCAAAACACAUCACUGCCUUGUCAAACAUCUCACCAUUCAAGAGCCAGUGGCACCCGCAAUUACCAGAGCCCCUGGGAAUCAAACAACAAAUAUUGGUGAAACUAUAGAAGUAACUUGCAUAGCAAAUGGAAUUCCUUCCCCGCUCAUCACAUGGUUUAAAAAUAAUGAAUCCCUUAUUGACGAUUCAGGUAUUGUUCUGAAAGAUGGAAACAGAACUCUCACCAUACGAAGGGUUAGGAAGGAAGAUGAAGGCCUCUACACUUGUUGUGCCUGCAAUGUCCUGGGUUGUACAAAAGUGGCUGCAUUUUUUGAAGUGGAAGGCACUGAUGAGAAAACGAACCUCGAGCUCAUUAUUCUAGUUGGAACGGCGGUAAUUGCCAUGUUCUUCUGGUUGCUCCUUGUAAUCAUUCUCCGGACCGUUAAACGGGCCAGCGGAGGAGAACUAAAGACUGGCUACCUGUCUAUCAUCAUGGAUCCUGAGGAAGUCCCUAUGGAUGAGCAGUGUGAACGUCUCCCUUAUGAUGCCAGCAAGUGGGAAUUCCCCAGGGACAGGCUCAAGCUAGGUAAGCCGCUUGGUCGGGGAGCAUUUGGCCAAGUCAUUGAAGCAGAUGCAUUUGGAAUUCACAAAAUGACUACCUGCCAGACAGUUGCAGUCAAAAUGCUCAAAGAGGGUGCGACACACAGUGAACACAGGGCGCUGAUGUCUGAGCUCAAAAUCCUCAUUCAUAUUGGUCAUCAUCUCAAUGUGGUUAAUUUACUUGGGGCCUGUACAAAACCAGGAGGGCCACUCAUGGUGAUUGUAGAAUACUGCAAGUUUGGAAAUCUAUCGGUGUACUUAAGAAGCAAGCGGAGUGAUUUUCUUCCAUACAAGACCAAAAAUGCCAGGUUUAGGCAGGGAAACAGUGAAGUCCCUGCAGACCUGAAGAAACGCUUGGACAGCAUUGCAAGCAGCCAGAGCUCAGCCAGUUCCGGGUUUGGAGAGGAGCGAACUCUUAGCGAUGUGGAAGAGGGAGAAGCAACAUCUGAAGAUCCUUGCAAAAGCCCUCUCAGCCUGGAGGACCUCAUCUGCUACAGCUUCCAGGUGGCCAGGGGGAUGGAAUUCCUGGCCUCACGGAAAUGUAUCCACCGAGAUCUGGCAGCUCGCAAUAUCCUCCUAUCGGAUAACAAUGUGGUAAAAAUUUGUGAUUUUGGAUUGGCCCGUGAUAUCUACAGAGAUCCAGAUUAUGUCAGGAAAGGAGAUGCUAGGCUACCCCUAAAGUGGAUGGCACCGGAAACCAUUUUUGACAGAGUAUACACGAUUCAAAGUGAUGUUUGGUCCUUUGGUGUGCUGCUGUGGGAGAUAUUUUCUUUAGGAGCCUCGCCAUACCCUGGUGUAAAGAUUGAUGAGGAAUUCUGCAGAAGACUGAAAGAGGGAACAAGGAUGAGGGCCCCAGAAUAUACAACACCUGAAAUGUAUCAGACAAUGUUGGACUGCUGGCAUGGGGAACCCAAACAAAGACCAACUUUCUCAGAUCUAGUGGAGCAUCUGGGAAAUGUAUUACAAGCAAAUGCUCGUCAGGAUGGUAAGGACUAUAUUGUCCUUCCACAAACUCCAUUGCUGAACAUAGAAGAGGAUUCUGGACUCUCCCUGCCAACCUCACCUGUUUCCUGCAUGGAAGAAGAGGAAGUGUGUGAUCCUCAGUUCCAUUAUGACAGCACAUUAGAAAUGAGUCAGCAUCGCAAAGGAAGUAAAAGAAAAAGCCGUCCUGUGAGUGUAAAAACCUUUGAAGAUGUGCCUAUAGAACCAACAGUAACAGUGGCUCAAGAUGAUAAUCAGACGGACAGCGGGAUGAUUCUUGCAUCUGAAGAGCUAAAGACACUAGAAGAUAAGUCUGAACAACUAAUGUUGCCUUUUAGUGGCCUCGUCUCCAGUAAAAGUAAUGAGUCUGUUAUGUCCGAAGCAUCAAAUCCAACAAGUGGCUACCAAUCAGGAUAUCAUUCAGAUGACAUGGACACCACAGUUUACUCUGGUGAGGAAACAGAACUUUUGACUCUCAGGGAGAAUGCUUCUCAGACUUGCUGCACACUGGCAUAUAGCCCUGUGAUACCUCUUAACUCACCUCCUGUUUAAGAAACCCUCCAAAAUAAGGAAUAACUGGGACUUUUGCCAAACAUUGCCUUUUUCUUCAGCCAGUGGUAUGUGAUGCCCAGAACAUCUACAUUGAGAGGACUGGAAAAAGUAUGUGCAUCUCUACAUUUUCUUUGAUGAUGAUGAGGACACAAAGUGCUACAUGGAAUACUGGACCGAAACACAGCGUUCAGGACAGCUUGGAAGCUGAUCAGUUGACACCAAGCACUGUUUGCUGCCAUGACUAUAUGUGUUUAGAGUGUUUGAUUACAAAGCGAGCAUGGUGACCUUUGUGAUGUACAUGAACAGUGACCUUGACACUGCUUUUCUAUGCAGCUAUACAAACAUGCAACAGUGUUCCGCCAGAAUCCUUUGGAUUUUCAAUUUCAGUAGUGCCUUUAUUGUCUCUGGGCAUCUGUCUUCAGGAAGAUGCUAUUGCUAGUUUGCUGGUCUUGUUGAACCCUUUCAGAUAUAUAUAUCUUCAAUUAAAGGGACCUUCGGUCUAAAUUUCCUGAACCAAACUGGUGAAGAGUAGAGUGACUAUCCCUUUUGUUAAAAAAGAUCGUGUUUUGGCUGCAUGGCCUUGAUCAGCGGAAGGCCUUAAUCAACUGAGGUUCUAUCAAUGAAUGUUUCACACUGAAAUAGAUUUUUUUCUGUCUUGGGUUAGUCAAUACAUAGAAUUGGCUGAAUGAAUCCAGAGUUUUGCUUUAUGAUUCGGUGAUCUUUGUUUAUUUGAUAAACACUGUGUGGUUGCUCUUGAUAUACAAGUUUCUUGCUGUGGUUGGGGGAUCCCUGAUGUGUAGCACCCAAUGUACCCAGCAAAUGUUGUCAAUAUUCAUCACUGACAUGUUGCAUAACUAGCUGCUCAGAUGUUAUUACUGAUACUUGUAAAAGUAGGAAUUAUUGGACAGUUUUCUGUGUUUUUGUUACCCAGAGUUUUUAACAACAUAUGCUGUAAAUAACAAGAUUUUUUUUUUAAAAAAAGACAUUGUGAAAAUAUUUUGACUGCUGUUACUUUUGUAUUUUUUUAUUCAAUAUUGGUUCAAUAUUUCAAGAAUUGGGAACCUAUGAAUUAUCAAA